GUUCUUCAGCAUGGGCUCAGCGAGAGCCGAUCCACAGGCUGGCCCAGUCCACAUCCACUGCUCCCCGGAUCAGAUGCUCUCUGCGGGAGGGCGGAAAUAGCUGGGCCGCGUCUGGAGGUGACACACUGGGCUGGUGGUGGAGGAGGAAGGGGCCCUCUUUACAUCAAAAUACUGUAGAGCUGUUUUCAGCACCGAGAUAAAGGUUAGCCUAUGCUCCCACACAGCAGCCAGUCUUCGUUCAGUAAACAUGUGUUGAUGUAAAAGGGCACAGGCUGCUUGUUUUCUUUACCUGAGGACGAACUGCGAUUGGAUGUCCACCUUUUUCUGCGCGGAGUGGAUCCAAACCGCGUGACACUCUCGCCUCACAGGCCCGAAAAAACUUUCAGCUCAGCCUCCUCAUCUGGAAAACAGAAGCCGGCUCCACCUGCCAAGAUGAUGGAGCUGCAGAUAGACGAGGUGGUCUACCAGGACGACUACGGCUCCGGCUCUGUGAUGUCGGAGCGGGUGUCCGGCCUCGCCAACAGCAUCUACCGGGAGUUCGAGCGGCUGAUCCGCAGCUAUGAUGAAGAGGUGGUGAAAGAGCUGAUGCCGCUGGUGGUGAACGUCCUGGAGAACCUGGACGCGGUGCUGACUGAAAACCAGGAGCACGAAGUGGAGCUGGAGCUGCUGAAGGAGGACAACGAGCAGCUCAUCACCCAGUAUGAAAGGGAGAAAGCGCUCCGCAAACAGGCGGAGGAGAAAUUCAUUGAAUUUGAAGAUGCGCUGGAAGCUGAGAAGAAGGAACUACAGAUGCAGGUGGAGUUUCUGGAACUGCAGGGGAAACAACUGGAGCUCAAAACAAAGAACUAUUCUGACCAGAUCACUCGGUUGGAGGAGCGAGAAUCAGACAUGAAGAAGGAGUACAACGCUUUGCACCAGCGCCACACGGAGAUGAUUCAGACGUAUGUCGAGCACAUAGAGCGGUCCAAACUGCAGCAGGCAGGGAGCAACAGCCAAUCGGAAGGCUCUGGCUGUGGACGAACCAAAGCGCAGCGCCCACCAUCGUUGAGCCUGUACCCCAGCGGUGAGGGCAUGGUACGUGGGGGUCUCGGGGGGGCUAGGAUGAUGCCCGGGAAAGACAUCUGGCAGGUCAGCGAGCUCGGCCAGUCUACCUUCAGCUCCGCCUACCAGGUGGGACAGAGAGCGGCCAUGUCCUCCUCCGUGACCACAACCGCAGCGUAGAAGGGGGGGAGGUGUCAGCCUUACCGCUGCCUGUCCUGCUAGCCACACCCACACAGACCGCCUCCCCUCCCAAGCCUGCUUGUGUCAUUUUAGAGGAAACUAUUUAUUCACAUCAGUUGGAAAGCUGCCCUUUAAAGUCAGAUUUUUAAGUACAUAGUAUGUUGACUCAAGCAAGCUGGGGCCGUGUUUUUUUUUUCUUUUCAUGGGUUUACUGUGUGACCACGGAGCUUCUGCUGUGUGUCAUCAUGCUUUACUUUACACUUGUGCAUUAAGGUUAAACCUGUGGGUUUAAAUGUCCUCAUUUUUUACGCUGUGCUAUUCGUGUUCUUUGUCAUAUCUUGCUUUAUAUGUGCAAAAAAACAAAACAAAAAAAACUUCCAAGGUAAGAAAAACAAAAGGACAGUGUUGCUUUCUUGCUGUGGCUGCGCCUGGUAUUCAGCUUUGAAGUAAUAAGUGUAGGUUAAAAGCACAUUUUAGGCUUUAGAUAGGCUUAUGCCAGGUUUUGACUUGUGCUAUGUAAUUUGCCAUCCAAAUAUAACUACAGUGACUUUAGCUAGGGUAAAUGAAACAAAGAUCUCAUAUAUCACAUAAAUAUAUAAUGUGCAAACUAUCAACUUUCUAUCUACUAACAAUUCAAAAAGGUUUUCACAAAAAUUAGCUUAAUUACUUGGAUUUAUUGGUUUCAUGCAUCAAGAAGUCACCAAACUAAGUCUAUCACAGCAAAGCUGAUCACAAUUUGACUUUACAACUUUACCAUUAUAAGUGCCAAAGGCUUAAACUUUCCAAAGUAGCCAACGAUGAACGUUAUAAUACAGUGUAUAGUAAUAUCCACAGUAUUUUUACACUCAAAUCAAAUGAGUCAUACAUGUGUUAUUUGAAAAAGUUGGUGCUUGAUCCCAUCUACAUUGUAUGACGGUCAUAUAAUGUCGUCUGUCUCUUGCUCCCUUGUCGUCUCAUACCACCGCUGUAU